AUGUCCGAUACAGACAAACCCGCCCCUAAAUCACCCGCUGGGCCAAAUAAUUCAAGCCCAGAGUCCCCGACUACCGCGCGUCCUUUAGACUUUGACGAUGAGUUCCAAGAGACCGGUGUCACUUCUGCACCAGCUGCAGCACAAACCCAGAGCACCGCGGAGGCUGCCCCGCCGAAACCACCACGUCCCUUGUCUCCGCAACAACAAGCGGAAAAUACUCUGAAAGAAGCGUUCCCGUCGAUAGAUGAGUCUGUUGUCAAGGCCGUAUUGAUGGCAAGCGCCUGUGAUGUGGAGCGAGCUUUCCAUGCACUCCUCGGUAUGACAGAUCCAAAUGCGACUGCGCAGGAUGACUACGUACCCCCGAAGCCGCCGCGCCCAUCUGCAGCACAAAGACAGCUGGAAGCUGAUGAGCUCUAUGCUCGUCAACUUGCCGAACACUACAAUCGUCGUGCACAACCUCGUGGAGAAGAUGAAGCUUAUCGCCAGCAACGGGGUGCUGUUAAUGAAGCAGAAGGGAAAGAGUAUAAUUUCUUUGAUGACGACCUUCCCGUGAUUCGCGAGAACAUUCGCAAGGGUUUCUUUGAUACCCAGACAAAGGUCAGCUCAUGGGUUCAGACCUUGAAAAAGAGGAUCGACGGCGAGGAUGAUGAAGAAGACCAAGGUCAUACUGCGCAUGGGUACAACGAGGAAAGCUAUGGUCGACCUCGGAGAAGUGGCGACUUGGGCCGUCGCAGUGGUGAUCGUGAGCGGUAUGAUGCAGACCCGCAAGUUUUGAGCGAUGAUUUCUCUGCGCUCGAACUGAGGGAUACAGAAGCACCCCCGGCACGUCCACCACGGCCCCCUGCUAAUUCCGCAUUGCAUAAAAACCCCUCGCCGUCACCAGACAGACGUAAAGUAUCGUUCCAGGAGGGGCCACCUACAGAGAUUAGGAACGUUUAUGACGCUUCAGAACCAGCUAAGCGCCAACCCCCUGCGGGAGGAAAGCAGAGCAAGUGGCAACCUCUUUCGACGGUCGAGCCGUCUCCAGUUGGGGAAAAUGAUCCGUUUAGCUUGGGCGAUAGUGACGAUGAGAAGGACACUAAGCCUAAAGAUACAAACACCACCGAAGGGAGCGAUCGCGCAAAGAAAGCAACAGCGGGAGAUGCAUCCGAAGAGCCCGCCUCGACCUCUAAAGAUACCGAUAAAACAGAAAAUACUGAUAAGGCAUCAUGA